AACAUUCAUGAGCUUUGCUGAUUCUCUUCUCCAUCUUAGUCUUCGAUUCUAUUUCUUUCACCUAUGCGAGAAGCUAGAAACCGCUCUAUAUAUACCCACACAUUAUCAAUAAUCUAGUCCAACCGACGCGUCCUCGAUACAAGCGAGCAGACGCUCUUCAAACAUGGCUAUCCCACGCGCCCUCUUCAGGUACAUGCCCAUGAUCGGGUUCCACCAUGUUAUAAUGGUGGUCUGCUCGAUUGCGAUAAUCCUCCUAUCGAUCGUCCUCGCCGGAUGCACCUCUACCAACGGCCUGAGCAACGUGUAUCUGGUCUCCCUCAAGUAUAGGGACAUCAACACGCCGAGUCCAGUGGACGCUGCGAUGGUCAACCCUGGCAUUGCGGACAAAGUCUACAAUGUGACGCAGCCUCGCAAUGCGACCAUCACGGAGAUCCGCGCUGCGUACAUGGGUCUCUGUUUGAUUCGCAAUGAUGGCUUGCGGUUUUGCUCGAAUAGCGCUGAGGCGCUGGCGAGCUUGGCUAAGGAAACUGGGAACUCGACUGCGGAUCCGCUGAAUCUGAUCUGGAUUGCGAAGCGUUUUAAAGAUACGAUGGUUUUUGAUGGGCUGAUCUUCAUCGCCAUCGUCUUAACCUUUAUAUGCUUUGUCCUACUAUGGACCUUUCCAGGGUGGCACGAAGAGGUUAACGACGAUGGGUCAGAAAUCGAUGUCAAGCCCUUCCCAUCCAGGCCUGUGUCGCUGGCCGCGCUAGGGCUGAUAUCACUGGGCUUCAUGUUCGGGCUGAUCUCGAUUCUGUGGCAGCACAUCAAUAGCAGUGCUGCCGGGACGAUGGCCGAGGGUCUCACAUAUGGCGCCGUCGAGAGCCAUGUGGGGAUCGCGGCCGUGGUGCUCGGAUGGGCUGCGGUGGUGUGCAUGGGUCUUUCGACCUUCGCGCUUCUGAUCAUGAUUUGGAGUAUUUCGCUGAUUCGUGUGUUGACGGAGGACGACUGAUAUCGUUUUUCAAGUAUGUGUGCGAACAUUGGGCUUAUAUUGAUUGAGCGGACCCUUCGGGUGUCAUGUACCUAUUGGGAAAGUUGGGUUGUCAAAAUACGAUUAGUUUAUUUAGCGACACAGCGGCGAUGUUAGAAUAUAGGUUAACUUCUGGUUGUAGGAUCUGGCCAUAAUGAGCGUAGUUAACUGGGAUCAAGAUAGGGUUCUGAGGACCGGUCCGUCUCGUAGGUAACACUCCCUCGCGCAAAGUGGGAAUUUCUAGAAAAUACUAGCCCCAUGGACAGGAUGCCAGCGCCUAAGAGCAGAAUGAUUACAAUGGCCGUGGUCAGACCAGCCUUAACCCCCGUUGCCAACGGUCGCGUCCAUAUGAGCGCCAGUGGAACGAUGAAUAGAGCCGCGAACCCAAGACCACCAAGAAG